AUAACAUCAAUUAUAUUCAAUGAUUUUAAUGGAAUACCAAAUUAAGCUGCACUGACUAUUUAAUAAGUGCAUUACCAACCACAUGCCAGUAUGAGUUGAACGAUCUUCCUGGCGGCUUUCUUCCAUUACACGCGCUACAGACAUUGUAAUGUUCGGAAGGCGUUUCAGCUGUGGAAUAUACUGUUGCAUUUUCGCCGUACUCGGAGGGAACUUUGCGGCAUUAACGCAAUGGUUGGUACCGGUACUGACCCGAGCAAAGAUCGACAGAUCUAACUACGUUAACACCAGUGUCGCUAUCCAUCAUCAUGGUUCGUAUCAAAACUUUAGCAUGGACCUGGAGUUCCACGUACUUUCUCCGCUUGAUAAGCUCCGAGUAAGCGCAGAUACCGCCCACCAAUCCUCUGGAAAGAAAACGCGUAACCUUUGCUUUUUUUCCAAUUUUCCCAAUUUUUGCCUAGAUGAAUGUUGGAUACUUUGUGCGCAUUAUGAACACCGAAAAAUGGAUUUACAACAAAACGUACGACUUUUGCGGGUUUCUGCAGCGACCAAGCGUCGAUCGGUUCGGUGCAUUAGUGAUAGAUGACUUGCGGCAGCAUGGCAAAGUGCCCACCGGCUGUCCCCUCCAAGCGGAGCGCUACGUUUUCAAAAACGUGACGCUAAAUCGCGUCAAGCUGCCACCGUUUCUGCCGGAGACGAACUUCGGUUUCACUGUGAACUGCUACAUAGGACCGAAGAAUGAGAAAGUUUUUCGCUCCAACUGGUACGGAGGAUUAAAACGAGUAAUGCUGUAG